GCUUAAGCCAUCGCUUGUGAUACUGUUAUACAAAACACAUUACAGUUAUGUGAAUGUAUUUCAAUGAAUUUGAUGGCAAAACACAGCCUCUAAGAGUGAAUAUCAUCCAUGAAUUUGCAUCCGUUGUCAGAUCUGAUGGACGUGUUGGGACACAUAGUGAAGGGAUCAGUGGAUCUGAUGGGCAGACACGAGACUCGCAUCACUGAUUUGGAUGAACACAGUUUUCAUCACAUCCUCCAGUUUUUAUCGCUUUUUGAUGUGUUUUUGUGUCGAAAAGUGAAUAAAUAUUUUCUCAAACAAAUUGAUUCAUACCUCGAGAACUGCCGUCAAAUCACUUAUAACUGCAAACUAAACGGCGUUCACUUGUCUAACGGCGAGUAUGUCUUCAACGGUAUGGCCUUUAACUCACUCGUGGCGAUGAUGCCAAACAUCCGGGUCAUGAGAUUCAAGAAGUGUCCGAAAAUGAGGUCAACGUUGGCCACCACCAACUUCAACCUGGUCAGUUCGCUCACCAAUAACUUGAUUAUGUUGAAUGAACUUCAUAUGACUCGCUGUCGAGCCCUCGACAAGAAGUCACUGAAACAUCUGGUCGAUUGGUUCCCAAAUCUGACACAUUUAACUGUUUCCGUCUAUAACGAGACGUCCGUCGAGAUCAUUGUCAAGGGUUUCGCAAAUUUAAAGUAUUUUAAUUUAGAGGACAGUGUCCUCGAAGACUAUGGCAAUCAUUUGCAGCACUUGGGGCUCAAGAUUCACACAUUCAUCGCUGCCUUGGAUCACAACAAUCACAAGAAUUCAAUCAUUGAGGGCCUAUUGAAUGGAAAUGGUCGCAACUUACAAGUGCUGGACAUGAGAAUCAAAGUCUUUGACAGCGAUUAUACGCUAUUCAAUACGAUCGGCAAAGAGUUCAGUGAAUUGGUGUCACUAAAGAUGGUAUUUCAGAGCAAAAGGACCGUCGAGGACAAUAAUAUGUUGUCGGGUUUGGCAGGACUUUCAUCGUUAAAAGACUUACAUUUAGAGGAGAAUAGGAUUUACAGUAAUUUUCAUUCAGUGUUUGACGACAACUCAAUGUUGGCUAUUAUGAGAAACUGUCCACAAUUGGAAAGCCUAUCACUAAUCAGUGGUGGAAAACACGAACAGACAAGUGAUGGCACUUCUACUCACUUCAGGUCAUUAACAGACGCUUCGUUAUCACUGAUAGACCAGUUGUUGCCAAACAUUAGGCACUUAUCGCUGAAAUUCAUUGAUAUAACAGACAAGACAUUGAAUUCUAUGGAAAGAUUGAAAAAGUUGAAGUCAUUGCGAUUGAAUUCAUUGAGUGGCCUUACCUUCGAUGGACUCCAAGACUUUAUGCUAAACGCAACACAAAUCAAUCGCUUAGAAGUGAUUAACUGUCUUAAAGUUUAA